GUAGUCUGAGUGCCAUCAAGAUAAGGCAAACAUCAGAAGUCCUGAAGACAGUAGAUUGCUCAGUCUGAGUGCUGAUGUAUACAUGAGUGUCUUGUGUCAGAUGAUAUCAACGGAUCCUCACAGCGUCAGCUCACAUGUUCAUUCAUUCAUUCUUUCAACAGAAAGCACCAGCAGAAAAAAAAAAGUUGUAAAGUGGUUUCAUGAAUGAGGUGUCACGACAUCGCUUGGCACUCUCCAGCAUCAUUGAUUUUUUCGUCAGAUUUGGACGAUCUGAAGCUGAUCGCUGGAAAGCUGUGCGCGUAUUGCACGGAUCUUCUCCUCAAGCAGAGUUGUUGUGAGAGAGUUUUGCAGAAGAGCAGCAGCAGCAUGGAUUACUUUUUAUUUCGACUCUUCUGUUCUUUGGCUUUGACGUCGCUUUUAGUUCAAAGGGCAGAUUCAAAUGAAAUCCUGGGACUAAAGAUCCCCUUUGACCCUAUUCUCAAUGCCAACACGGUGUGUUUGACCCUGCCCGGCCUGACAAAGAAACAGCUGGACGUGUGUAUGAGACAUCCAGAUGUGACGGCCUCUGCCAUACAAGGCAUUCAGAUCGCCAUCCAUGAGUGCCAGCAUCAGUUCAGAGGACACCGCUGGAACUGCUCAAGUCUGGAGACCAGGAACAAGAUCCCCUAUGAGAGUAUUGUCUUCAGCAGGGGUUUCAGAGAAAGCGCAUUUGCAUACGCUAUUGCGGCGGCCGGCGUGGUGCACGCUGUGUCCAACGCCUGCGCCAUGGGCAAACUGAAAGCCUGCGGCUGCGAUGAGAAACGUAGAGGGGACGAGGAGGCGUUCAGGAUCAAACUCAACCGUCUGCAGCUUGAGGCCAUCAACCGGGGUAAAGGAAUGGUGCACGGCGUGAUGGAACACUUUCCCGCCGACGCUCUCGGUCCCCAGGACUCCUGGGAAUGGGGCGGCUGCAGCCCCAACGUGGAGUUCGGUGAACGCUUCUCCAAGGAGUUCUUGGACUCCCGUGAGACGUACAGAGACAUUCACUCCAGGAUGAGACUUCAUAACAACAGAGUUGGCAGGCAGAUUGUGGUGGACCACAUGAGGAGGAAAUGCAAAUGCCACGGUACAUCAGGAAGCUGUCAGCUGAAGACCUGCUGGCAGGUGACUCCAGAGUUCAGAACGGUGGGCUCGCUGCUGAAAGAACGCUUCAACAUCGCCACGCUAAUCAAAGCCCACAACAGAAACACAGGACAGGUGGAGCAUGCCCACCCCACCCACCGACGAAGAGCCAACGUGAACGAUCUGGUCUACUUUGAGAAGUCUCCGGAUUUCUGCGAGAGGGACCUCGGUUCGGACUCUGCUGGGACGCAGGGCCGGAUCUGUAACAAGACCAGCCAGGGCAUGGACAACUGUGAGAGCCUGUGCUGUGGACGGGGACACAACAUCUUACAGCAGACUCGCAGCGAACGCUGCAAUUGCAAGUUCCACUGGUGCUGUUACGUGGUGUGCGAGGAGUGCAGGAUAACAGAGUGGGUCAGCGUCUGCAAAUGAAAUGAGCGAUCAUCUACUAAAUGUACAAAAACAGACAUUAAACAUAGGGAAAGACUAAGAAAUCCCUCCCUUUUGCAAUGGACUGCCAUUUCCAUGAUUCCAAUGGAAAGCACAAAAAGCGGACUGAGAUGAAUUGAGUGCUAUAGAAGUGUGCACAUGUUUGCACACUGCAUGGGUCCAAGCACAAGAUUUCAGACGGAUUUUUUGGACUUGCACUGCAUAUAAUUUCAGAAAGUAUUUUUAAUUUAAAUAAAUUACGAAUAUGAAUAUAUUGUGGAGUAUAUUGCCAACAAAGCACUCACCGACACGGCGUUGUGUUCGUUUUAGUUUGGUUUUUUAAAGAAAUCAGUGGCGCGCAGUC